CCUGUGAUGUCAGUGGAGAUUCUAAUGAGUAUCAAUGGCAAAAAACGGAGGGGAAAUCUCCAGCAUCACCAGCUAAUGGAUGAAAACAGGACCCUUGUCAUCCCAAGCGCUUCAUUUGAGACUGUGGAAUGUACACCUGUGUCACAACCAAUCCCGUCAGCUCCAUCCAGGCAAAUUUCACCUUAAUUCUUCAAGGCCUUUCCCCCAAGGACGUUGCAAUUGUUGCUGCAUUGACUGCAGGCCAACUGAUUUCUGCACCAUCUCUUCGUUCAGCUGUGUUGCCGGACCAGUGGAGGUGGAAAACACUCGGAGCACUUCUGGGAAUUGCAUUUUAUUUUCUGAUCCUGUUUGUCUGCAACAGUUUGUCUGUUACUGCCACGUACGUUGCCUUCAUCUAUUGGAUUGUGUUUAAAGGCCUUUCACCACUGGACUUUGUAGUAGUUGCUGUGUUGAUCAUAGGACUGCAGAUUUCUUCAUUCUAUAUCAGAACACUUUGGUAUGUGGACGAGAUCUGGGAAUCACUUCAAGGUUCUCGGGCAGCCAGAAUUUGGUUGAAGUGCAGUGCUCUCUAUGAAGCGGUCCUCAUCAGUUGCCUCAUCGUUGCCUUCAUUGUCAAUGCUGCGAUUUCAGGCUUUUCCGCCACGGGAACUGUAACUCUUGCCUUGGCAAUCAUCGUGCCACUUGUGUUUAUUUUGAUUCCGGUGUAUCUGGACAUGAGGCGGAAUUUGAAAGCAGGUGAUUCCAUCAAGGACGCUUUAAUAUUUGCCUUGAAAUUAACUUUGUGGUCAUUGCCAUUUGUGAAUGUUAUAUAUUUGGUGUAUCAGCUCUGCAAGAAGUCAGACACAGGUCUCAGUUAUUGGUCAUGGAGGCAAUCCUUCCAAAACAGUAUCGUUAACAUGGCAUUCUUCAUUAGCAUCACUCUCAGUGACUUUAUUGCAGGCUUUUCCAGCAAGGACACUGUAACAUUUGCUGUGUCAAUCGCAAUGGCAGUGUUGGUUUUGGUGCUUGUUAUUUCAUUUGUGUUUCUCUGGCAGAAUCUAUUUCAGUACUAUGGUAAGUGUUAUUUUCCACACCUGUGCACAACUUCAGGCAUCUCUCCAAGGAAACUGCAGUUAAUUUUAAUUUUAAAAAAUACCCCCAGCAUCCCUGAGACCUGUGGGAUGAAAUUAUCCUGUAUUUUCACUCAGUUGUGGAGUGGUGUUUCACAGUGACACCACUGCUGGAAUGAUUCUGGAGUCACCUCCAACCUGGUGUCAGAGGGGUGUUUGGGAGAAGUUACUUGUCAGUGAAACAUCUCAACUCAUUUGUGUUGGAUACAUUAUGCUGUGACCAGUGACAGAGGUGAGGAGU